UUACUAUCCCCCACCACUUUACUCUCUCUCCCUCCAUCUGACUGGUAUCCUAAGCGCUCUCUCUCUCUCUCUCGUGAUGAGCCCUGAAAGCAUCUUUUGAUCGCUGCCUUUUGAACGGGAAGGCGAGAGUUGCGGCGGCGCUGCAGCAGCAGCUGAAAGCUUCUCCGGUUGGUGGUGGAACUCCUUCAGCAUCAGCGAUGAAGUCUUCAACUCGGCUAGAUUCGGCUGUUUUUCAUCUCACGCCGACUCGAACGAGGUGUGACUUGGUUAUUUUUGCGAAUGGGAAGACAGAGAAGAUAGCCUCAGGUUUGCUGAGUCCAUUCCUUGCCCAUUUGAAGGCUGCACGAGACCAGAUGGCUAAAGGAGGCUAUUCCAUUAUUCUUGAACCAGAGGCUGGCUGCAAUGCGACAUGGUUCACUAAAGCAACAGUGGAAAGGUUUGUUCGUUUUGUAAGCACUCCUGAAGUGCUUGAAAGAGUGUACACUUUAGAAUCUGAGAUUAUGCAAAUUGAAGAGGCAAUUGCAAUUCAAAGUAAUAAUGAUGUGGGGCUACAAACUAGGGAAGGCCAUCAAGCUAAAUCUGCAGAGGUCACGGAAGCUGUGAAGCCUGUCCUUGAUGAUAACGCAGACAAAGCAAUUGUCCUUUACAAGCCUGAUUCACAUUUGCCUGAAGCAAAUGGAUCCGCUGGGCAGGAAGGGAAUUCAAAAGUUCAGCUCUUGAAAGUCCUGGAGACACGUAAAACGGUUCUCCAGAAAGAGCAAGGAAUGGCAUUCGCACGUGCUGUAGCUGCUGGUUUUGAUAUUGAUCUGUUGACGCCAUUGAUGUCAUUUGCUGAGUCCUUUGGUGCUUCGAGACUGAUGGAUGCAUGUACAAAGUUCAUAGAUUUGUGGAAGAGGAAGCAUGAGAAUGGUCAGUGGGUUGAAAUUGAAGAAGCAGAAGCACUUUCGGGCCACUUGGACUAUGCUAACAUGAAUGCGUCAGGAAUUGUAAUAUCUGACAUGGUCAACAAGCUAAAAGUGAGUUUGCCAGAAUCUUCUAAUGACAUGGCCUCAGAAGAAAAUGGAAAAGCAAGUACUACUGUGAAUGCAGACGACAAGCCUCCCAUGAAUCAGCAUGUACCUUUGGGCUACCCCGAGUAUUUCCCAGGUCAAUUUCCUCAUAUGUUCCCUCCCUGGCCAAUGCAUUCCCCGCCUGGUGCACCGCUGGGAUUUCAAGCUUAUCCCAUGCCUUAUUUCCAAAACUAUCCUGGAAGUAACCCAUAUUUCCAGCAAGCCUCUCCACCUGUUGAGGAUCCUAGACUCCAUUCUGGUCAGAAAGUAUGUCAAAAACGUCAUUCUCAUGAGAGGAGGAACAGUAAUACUGGAUUAAUCUCUUCAGACGUAGAUGGUUUCAAUGGAAGAUCUUCAGAUGAGCAUGAGCAGGAGGACGUUUCAUCACCAUCAGAAUCACAAAAGAAGGGCAGGCGCUCCAAAAAGAAGCAGGGCAUGGUCGUGAUUCGAAAUAUCAAUUACAUUACUAGGAAGCAGCAGGACCCUUCACACAGUGAAUCAGAUUCAGCUUCUGAGCCCAAAUCAGAUGGGGAAUAUGAACCUCUUGAGGGGGCUGCAACUCUAGAAAUGAAGCAUAAGCACUCUACGAGAUCACAAGAAAGAAGGCAAAGUGGUAGGAAUUCUAUAAACAAAUUGACUUCAUCUGAUAAGGAAGAGCCGUCCUAUGGGAAUGAAGCAGAUGGGGAACAUUGGCAAGCAUUUCAGAGUUAUCUUCUCAAGGAAGCCGAUGAAGGCAAACAGGAAGGUGAUCAAGGCAUGUUUUCUAUGGAAAAGGAGGUUUGGUUGAAACGAAGAAAAAAUGUACUGAACAAUGAUCCGCUAGCUUCUGAUGGACGAAAUAUUGAUGAACCUACUGAAGGUCUCUCGACAGAUGUGCAGAGGUUGAGUGGAAGUGGAGCCUUCAUACGGAGGGCAUCGAAUGAUGGAUUAUUGAUUUCUCGGAAAGAUGGUGACAGCAGAAGCUUCCUCGAUGGUCAUCUGGAUGUGCAUUCUACUGAAAUACGAGGUAGGGGUGGAUAUAGGUGGACAGAAACUGAUGAUUUUAUAAUCAAUAAACAAGAAAACUCAUUGAGUGUCUCUGCCUCCGAUCGAUUGGCUAUGAAUAGAUACGAGGGUGGAGCCAAGUUUCCAGAUAUUAGGUCAUCCCAAGAUAUUGAUGAUGAUUCCUACAUAGUUUCCUACAGGUCUGCCUCAGCUGAUUUUGGAGAUGGCAGUCAAAAAGGAAUUGAUAUUGAUUCCGAGUUCCCAUCAGCUGAACAGAGGAAGAAGAGCUCAUCUAGAAAGGUCCAAGUUAGUUAUGAACCGGAUGAGUUGAGCAUGAUGCCCGAAAGAGGAGUGGAAAGAGAAUCAAAUGGGUAUGACCCGGCCCUGGAUUAUGAGAUGCAAGUUGAAAAUCAGGCAUGUGCUUCACUUAACAAGAGUGGAAAAGAAGCAGGAAGUAAUUCCAAGCAAAGAUCAAAGGAUUCAAAACGUAGUCAAACUCCAGAUGUUCUUGCUAAGAAGAAGAAUGUGGGGCCUGUAAGGAAAGGAAAACCUACUAAAUUGAGCCCUCUAGAUGAAGCGAAGGCUCGUGCAGAAAGGCUCAGAUCGUAUAAAGCUGAUCUGCAGAAAUUGAAAAAAGAAAAGGAGGAGGAGCAGAUUAAACGCAUUGAAGCUCUGAAACUUGAGAGGCAGAAGAGGAUUGCUGCAAGGAGCAGUUCGAUUCCUGCUCAUUCACCACAGACCUCUCAGCCAAGCAGGAAAUCAUUGCCGACAAAACUUUCGCCGAGUUCACACAAAGGAUCAAAAUUCAGCGAUAUGGAGCCUGGGUCGUCAUCACCUCUUCAAAGAUUCUCUGUCAGGAGUGCUUCUAAACCCAAUCGUUUGACUGCUGGAAGUAGUUCUGCUGAGAAUAGGCUUACCCGCUCUGCUUCUUCCUUGCCCGAAACCAAGAAAGAAAACAGUGUUGUACCUGAAAAGAAGGCAUCAAUGACAAGAAUAAGAAGAUUAUCAGAACCUAAAAUGACUGCCAACAAUUGUGCAUCCACAGUGAAACCUCGAGCUGAAUCAACAAAAUCUAAGGUGUCUGACGACGCUGACAAGAAGAAAAUAUCUGCUAUCAUUAAUCUUGACAGAAGCAAGGCCGCCACUCUUCCGGAACUAAAGAUCAGAGCAACUAAAGCCCCUGAAUCUGCUAAGAGCAUGAAUAUGAAGGAAAUGCCACUAAAGGUCAAUGGGACUGUGAGCAAGCCAGGUAUGUCUUCACGUGAUACCGUACUCAAGGCAAAUGAUGAACAAAAUUCUCAGCAAAUUGAAGAUGACGACAACCCCAUUGUUGAGAAGUCAGUUGUGGUGCUUGAAAAUGAGAAGCCUGCUGUCCCAGUGUCUCAUGUUAUAGAUGAAAAACUUCAGCCAUUAUCAAGUGGAGACCACAAUGAUCAGAUAGAUGGAGAAAUAACCAAUGCAUUUCCCAAACAGUCUUCUUCUUGUGCUGUAGUUUCUCCAGCCACAGUCGGUGGAAGUGGAAGUGAUGGUAAGCCCCAGGAGAACAAAAUGAAGGAGCAGAUUAGUACAUAUGAGCUGGCAACUCACGAGGAAGCAUCAUCAAAAGUUUCGAGUGUCAGCCAUGUUGAAAAACCGUAUCAAGCUCCAUAUGCUCGUGUCUCUUCUUUGGAAGAUCCAUGUACUAUCGGAUCCGAAUAUGCGAAGGCAUUGCCCACGGCAUGCUCUGAUCUAAGGGCCACCGGAGCCCAGUCUUUCAAAGCUCAGGUCGCCGUUACCAGCAAAACUGAAAUAGAAAAGAUCACUGAUCCAGCAGAUAAGCCAUCAAAGGAAUCUGCAAAAGGGUUUAAACGGCUUUUGAAGUUUGGAAAGAAAAAUAACACCUCGUCUGAGAGGGAUUCUGAUACUGCCAGCAUUGGCGGAUCUGAUAUUGAUGAUAAUGCUUCAAAACCGGCUCCGUCCACUGAAGUUCAUACGUUGAAGAAUCUCAUCUCCCAGGAUGAAACUCCAACUGCGGUCACAACUCCUAAAAAGAGUUCUCGUGCUCUCUCAUUACUGUCACCUUUCCGAAGCAAGCACAGUGAAAAGAAGCACGCAACAUGAGGUCAUACCUCGGACUAAUUUUAAGGUGAGGAAGCAGCAAAUUCUGCCUUUUCUUUAUCUGGUCCUUUUUCUGAAAGAGCGUGAAUCCAAGUGUUUUUAUCGGUUCUGCUGUGCUAUAAUGUCGAAAUUGUUGUGAAUUGUUUUAUAAUCUGGAAAUGGCAGUUGGUCUGUUGUAAAUUUAGUUUAUGUCUGUACAUUUUCUCAAAUUUGAUAGUGAAGAGAUAAACUGUUAAGUGGUCCCUUUUUUUAUUAUAAGUUCACAUCUGGCACGUGAUGGACUCCUUUCAGUCCACGUCGAAUGUUGAGGAGGUUGAUUUUCUUAUUAUCAUUCACUUUAAUGGUUA